AUGGCUAGCUCCAAGGGAACACAGAGUGUGAAAGACUCAAUGUACAGUGGAAAGCAUGCGUUGCUGCCUCCAAAGAUUCCGUUUCCGAUCGUCUCAGCGCCGUAUUCAGAGUUUAUCCCCACCGGCUUAAUCGGAUCAUCGAGAGCAAUCGGUCAGAAGCAGCAGAGCGAUGAGAAAACGCAUCACCACCACCAUCAGAGGACUUCCUCUGAGAGCAACUUGGUAGAAGAGCUUCCCUUUUGGCUUGACGAUCUUCUCAACGAGCCAGAGAGUCCUGUUCGGAAAUGCGGUCACCGGCGUUCGUCUAGCGACUCUUACGCUUACUUGGACAUGGCUAAUGCUAAAAACAUUAGCUUGACACUCCAGAAUGAUUUCAGUUAUAGGAAUACUGCGAAUGGUUCUUCUUCUUCUUCUUCUUCCAUUCAAAGAGGAAUCCAAGAACUUGACUGGAAUCAAAAUGUUCAGGACGUUGCUUUCUACUCUGAUGCUAGUUUUCUAAGACAGACGAAUCGACAGGUGGCUUCCGGGCCUCGUUCUUGGCUACCUUUCACUCGAGAGAGACAGAUGGGAGCAACAUCGUAUAUGCCUCAAGAAGUAAUGUCAGAGCCAAAGAACUACGCUAAAACUCUUCCUCAUGACACAAAAAAGUUCCCUUCUGAGGAGAAAAGUUCCAAUCCUCAGCCUGGUGGGAGUUAUGAGGCUGACAAUACAAGACGAGCCAAACAGCAAUUUGCACAACGGUCACGGGUGCGUAAGCUUCAGUACAUAUCUGAGCUAGAAAGGAAUGUGCAAGCAUUGCAAGCAGAGGGCUCAAAGGUUUCAGCUGAGCUUGAAUUUAUCAACCAGAGGAAUCUUAUUCUGAGUUUGGAAAAUAAAGCUCUUAAACAGAGACUAGAAAGUAUAGCUCAAGAGAAGCUGAUCAAACAAUUGGAACAGGAGGUGUUGGAAAAGGAGAUUGGAAGACUAAGAGCUCUGUAUCAGCAACAACAGCAACAACAACAACAAACUCAUAAACCAUCAGCAAGUCAAGGACGUGGUACGAGCAAAGAUCUGGACUCUCAGUUCUCGAGUCUUUCGCUGAACACAAAAGAUUCCAACUCUAGGCGUGACUCUGUAUCUGUGACGAGCCAGUUCAACUAUUAG